AUAAAUUGAAAAAGCUCACGUUAUGAUAUUGUUUUGCCUUACGAUCAGUUUUACGAUGGCUCGCCUCAAAGAACAAACUUAUGACGAGGCAGUAUCAUUGAUACGCUCAUAUCUAUCUAUCUUCGGUCUAUGGAUAUAUCCAAACAGUUCAUUAUUCCGAAAAAGAUGUUCACACAUUCCAAUCUGCUUCAUUAAUUGUUGUUUGUGUAUUUGUGUAAUAAUUCCGGAGAUGUGGGCUCUGUAUAGAAUCCGUAAAGACAUGGAACUUGUUAUUGGCAACCUUAUGGUAUCACUGACAUUUUACCUAUCAAUUAUCAAAACAUUUUUCUUAUUGUUCAAACGAGAAGCUUUGAGAAUAUUCUUCAAGAAGAUUGAAGAAGAUUGGAAGGCUCGUAUGACUCGAAAAGAACAAAACAUGUUGGUUAAACGAUGGAAACUAAUAAAACUCAUUUCCAUUUCUGCUUUCGUGAUUGCAGUUACUUUGUCAUUAGCUCAUAAUUCUACGGUGUACUUCAAUUUUGUUGUGCGAGUUCUAACAAAUCUUACAGAUACAAUUCCUGGAAGACCCUUAGUAUUUUCCAGUGUAUAUCCAUUUGAUACUCAGCCAUCCCCUCGGUACGAGGUUUUGGUAUUUAUUGAGCAACUGGAAGGUAUAGUUGCAUGCAUUACGGCGAUCAUUCCCGAUGUUUUGUAUGCUGCAUUUGUUUUCCAUGCUUGUGGUCAAUUGGAGAUUCUGUCCAGUAGAAUCGAAAAAAUCGGUGAAAAUACAUCGGAAAAUUUCAAUCAGUUCUUGAAAUCAUCGGUGACUCAUCAUCUUCGAAUAAUCAAAUUUGUAGAGAACAUAGACAAUUUAUUCAAUGGCUUCAUAUUAGGACUCAUACUCUACUUUACCCUAGUGUUUUGUUCACAAGCAUUCAUGGCAAUGACAGUGACAGGUCGGAGUGGCAAUAAGGAUGAAAUGAUGCUGAAAUUGUACAGAUUAUGUUCACCAGCUGGUAUCGAUAUGGAGAGUGCCGAUCUUCUCAAUGCAGCUUACAAUUGCAAUUGGAUUGAUCUUCCACCUAAUAAAGCAAUUUCACUUUGUAUGAUCUGUCUUCGGUCACAGAAGCCUCUUGGAAUUACUGCGGGAAAAUUUCUACCUGUAACUCUAAAUACAUAUGCAAAGGGUGGCAAUUAUCUGGGAUUUCUCCGAGAUCGCCUAAUAACUGUUGUCGUGGACGGUCCUGCCGACAAUGCUGUGUGGUUCCAGCACGACGGAGCUCCAGCCCAUACGUCUGUGGCCGUGGUCGACCAAUUGGACGAGUGGUUCCCAGAUCGCUGGAUUGGGAACAGGAGCGACCGGGACAGGGGUGGACGUCGGUAA